GAUUGGUUUAUUAAUACAGAGAUUGUUACUUGUAUAAAUAGGAAAAUCUACAGACUAGAAAUCAUCAUAAAAUAAUUAUAUUCUCACCAAGAAGUAUCAAACCAAAUUUAAAGAUGCGCUUCUUUAUCGUUAUGUGCGUAAUGGCCACAGCCUCCGCUGAUAAAUUGGGUUACAAUUAUCGUCCAGUAGCUCAUUCAGAAUCUGGGCUCUCCUUUGCCCCUGGUGGAUCUUCAGGUAGUUUUGGAGGACUCACCGGAUUAAAAGGAUCGAGUGGCAAUGAAGGACUUAGUGGCUUGGGCAGCAAUGACCACCUAGGUGGCUUUAGUGGGCUCAGUGGUUUGGAAGGUGGUCUUGGAGGGUCUGCGGACUUAGGCGGCAUUGGUGCUCCAGUAGGUCGUUUUGGAAGCGUGGGCCCUUCGUAUUCGUCACCUGCCGAAUUCAACAAAGAAUACUUCACAUAUACUGCUCCCGAACAGGAAUUUGAUAAUGCUGAUGCUGCUCAACAAGCUGCCAACUCAUUAAAACAGAACCUGCGUGUUGUUUUCAUCAAAGGACCUGAAAACCAAGGUCUCGAAAAUGCAGCCCUCCAAUUGGCCAAGCACGCUGCCGAAGACCAAACCGCUAUCUAUGUUUUGCAAAAACAGAGCGACAUCUCGGAUUUGGCUAACAAACUCAAUGCGAUUCAAAGUCAAAGCAGCCACAGGCCCGAGGUGCACUUCGUCAAAUACCGCACUCCUGAAGAUGCCGCCAACGCCCAGCAAGCCAUCCAAUCACAAUACGACCAAUUGGGUGGAAGCUCUCAAGCACAUAAUAGUGGUGUUGCCCCUGUGCACAACUUUGCUUCACAGGCUCCUGUUCGCUCGCCAGAAGUGCACGCUCCCCGCAACGCUUACUUGCCCUCGUCCAUUAUUCGUUUUUAAAUGAGGCUCAUGAUAGAUGGCCCAGCCAGUAUUGAUUGUUACCUAUUACCUAAUUGAAGAACUGAAUUAUUAAAUUAGUUGUA